CAUUUAAUAAAAAUAUUAACAGGAAUAUAUAAUACUACGAUCCUAUAAAAUAUAGAAGUUGGUAGCUGCGCCUAUAAAAGGCCAACAGAGAGACCACAAGAAGAAUAGAAACUUGAUUUUUGCUAAUCAUCCUCGGGCAGUUAAAGAAAACCAGAGAAAAGAAACAUGAGGAUAAUUGUCUCCAUAUUGUUUGUUGCCUCACUUCUUCUAAUCACUUCAUCCCUUGCUUCGGCUACUAUCUCAGGUGGCGGUGGCGCCGCGGCUCCUGCGCCGGAAAUCAAAGUGGGACCAGAAUUAGAUAAGUGGUGUGGAGGGAAGUGUGUAGUGAGAUGCAAAGAUGCAGGGAUGAAUGAUAGAUGUUUGAAGUAUUGUGGAAUAUGUUGCAAAGAGUGCAAGUGUGUUCCUUCAGGAACUUAUGGGAACAAGCAUGAGUGUCCUUGCUACCGUGACAAGCUCAGCAGCAAAAAGACUCCCAAGUGUCCUUGAUUCUCCCGUGACAAGUUCUGCAGCUAUGUGCGAUCCAACCAAAUUUAAAUAAAUAAAAAGAAAGAUCCGGUGAACUUAAUAGAAAAGGAUCUUUUGCUUAUGAGUUUUUCGCUUCUUUUUAAGGUGUUAACUGGGUUCUAGUUAUUAUGAUGUGGAAUUAUAAACUUAAAAAAAUUCAAAAUA